CCGUGAACCAUUCUACCACGUGGAAAUUUUAUCCAAUCAGAAAAGUUGUCGUGUACUUCCUGCCUGAGAACAGUUUGAUGACACAGCUGUCAAACUAAAAUAAGGAGAAUUACAACGUUACAUUACUUCGAAGCGGCACAAUAAAUCAAGGUUAAAAUGAACUGUGAGCAGUUAUUCUAUGUAUCAGCAUUAUGCUGUAUAUUUGCGCUAGAUUCCUAUCUAGUCCAAGGAGCAAAAAAGGACUUGUAUGAAGUUCUGGGAGUGAAGAAAAAUGCAAAAGAUAAGGAAAUAAAACGUGCAUUCAGAAAACUUGCCAUAAAAUAUCAUCCUGACAAAAAUAAAGAUCCAGAUGCUGAAAAACAAUUUGUUGAAAUAGCAAAAGCAUAUGAGGUAUUAUCAGAUCCUGAAAAGAGGCAAAGAUAUGACAGAUUUGGAGAUGACGGUGAACAGAAUGGUGGAGGUGGUGGAGGAGGAGGAGGAUUUAAUUUUAACUUUAAUGAUUUCUUUAAAGGAUUUGAUGAAGCAUUUAGUUCUCAUAAAUCUCAUCAUGAUCAUGCUCAUCAACAAGCUCAUCAAAACGGUUUUAAAUUCCACUUUGGAGGUGGUAAUGGUGGACAGCACGCUCAAUUUUUUAAUUUUGAUGACUUGUUCGAAGAUGAUGACAGUAAUGAUGACUUCUUUAAUUUUGAUCCAUUUUCAAACUUAAAUUUUAAUUUUGGAUUUGGUGAUGAUGAAGAAGAUGAUGACUUUUUUGGACACCAAAUACAUAAUCAUUACGAUCGUGAGCAUAACACUCAACAUGCUCAACAUAUACACAACCAUGCUAGACAAAUGAACAAUGGUUUCCAUGGCAGCCACAUGAACAUGCAAAAUAUCAAAGUUAAUUCUCAAAAUGGUAGAACAUGUAGGACAGUGACACAGCGUAUAGGAAAUACAGUAACUACACAUACAGAGUGCACAUGAUUAGAUCAUUGCCAGGUGUGAAUUGUUACUUAUUUAUACCAGGCCAUAGUCUACAGAUGGUUGUGCCAGUAUGGGGUUUGGGAAAUUUUAUUUUACUGAACCGUGAGAAAUAGCUUCCUCAUAGGGUAUAUAGCAGCAUAUCUAUUGAAUGGAAGUGUAACAAAUUUAUUUAUAGAUAUUCAGAAGAGUGUGAAA